AUGCAUGGUGAGACGUGAUUUUCAGCUUCACUUUAAAGACAACCCUCUCAAGUGCAAUUGCUUGACACUGAACUCACUGAAAUGGAUGAUAGAUAAUUCUUUUAAAUUACCUGGUCUUGAUAACAUGAUCUGCGUGGAUGACAGCAACAGACAACUAUUCUUGAAAGACAUCCAUCAGAUCGUUUUUGACCUUGACAAAAAGUGUACCUCCUACUUAGGUUUAUCUAUCGGUGUCCUCUGCCUUGUGAUGCUUGUUCUAAGCUUGUCCAUAACAGGAAUAGUGUACAGGUUUAGAUGGAAAUUGAGGUAUCUUUACUAUCUGGUACGAAUAAAACACCGGGCUUAUCUGGCUGCGGAGGACGAAGAAGAUGGUGGACCUCAGUUUGAGUUUGAUGCUUUCAUCUCCUAUGCUGACGAGGACCGAGGAUUUGUUGUGGAGGACAUGAGGCGGAUAUUGGAAGGACAGCAGGGACUUCGACUCUGUAUCCACCAUCGAGACUUUCUUGUGGGGGAAGCUAUUGCUGCAAACAUCCUGCAUGCCAUCAGAUCAAGCAGGAGGACAGUGAUAAUCCUGUCAAGUAACUUCCUGAAGAGCUACUGGUGUAAGUACGAAGUGGCUAAGAUGGAGAGUAUCUACACUGGACGGAACACACUGCUGGUGGUAAUCCUGGAGAAGAUCCCAGUGAAGAAUCUGCCCCCUAACAUUGUGGAAUUAAUGCGUCAAGACUCCUACUUGGUGUACACGGAUGAUCGGGAAGGUCAGGAGGUGUUCUGGGAAAGUCUUCAACGUGCUAACUGGCUGAGGCUGGCUGUUUGUGAACUGUUUUGGAUAGUAUCUCAGGCUGACUCGCAGUCUGGGAAGAAGAAGAAGUAG